GGGACGCGGCGGCGGCGGCGGCGGCGGCGGCAGCGGCGGCUCCGUGUCGCCGGGGCCGAAGCGCGCAGGCCCGGCCCGGCGGUGGGGGGCGCCAUGUGGUUCAUGUACGUGCUGAGCUGGCUCUCGCUCUUCAUCCAGGUGGCCUUCAUCACGCUGGCCGUCGCCGCCGGUCUCUACUACCUGGCAGAGCUGAUCGAAGAGUACACGGUGGUCACCAGCAGGGUCAUCAAAUACAUGAUCUGGUUCUCCACUGCUGUGCUGAUUGGCCUCUACAUAUUUGAGCGCUUCCCCACCUGCAUGAUUGGCGUGGGCCUUUUCACCAACCUCGUGUACUUUGGCCUUCUUCAGACCUUCCCCUUCAUCAUGCUGACCUCACCUAACUUCAUCCUGUCGUGCGGCCUAGUGGUGGUGAACCAUUACCUAGCAUUUCAGUAUUUUGCAGAGGAAUAUUACCCUUUUUCAGAGGUCCUGGCCUAUUUCACGUUCUGUUUGUGGAUAAUCCCAUUUGCGUUCUUCGUGUCCUUGUCGGCGGGGGAGAACGUCCUGCCAUCCACCAUGCAGCCCGGAGAUGACGUGGUCUCCAACUACUUCACCAAAGGCAAGCGGGGCAAGCGCUUAGGGAUCCUGGUUGUCUUCUCCUUCAUCAAAGAGGCCAUCCUGCCCAGUCGUCAGAAGAUGUACUGACCCUCUGGCCAGGGGAUGCCGAGCAAGGCCGGAGGGCCGGAUGGGGGCGCGAGCCUGGAAGGCCUCUUUCCCUGGACUUGCCCCGGAGCUCCCAUCCCCGCUGUCCUUGGACUGUGCAGACCUGGGCUCAGAUCCGAUGCCACAUCACAUCAGGCUGUGACCUCAGAGGACGCUGGGGCGAGGGGCAGUCUGCCCUGCCGGGAGGCCCCAACCCCUACUUGCACAGCGGCUGAGCUCCCUCAGACCGGCCCGUGCGGGUCGGGUGGGGGGCGGGGGUGGGGUGGGGUGGGCUCAGUCAGAUUGGACCGGGCAAGGGCCAUGACGCUAGAGAACAGACCGUGACAGGUUCUCUGGGAAGAUGGCCACCGGAGGGCCACGGCCUGCCUCUCCGAAGAGAAGUAGUUUUUGCUGUUGAACUGUGAUUUCUGUCCAAGUGCUGAUUCCCCUUCGAAUAAAGAUUCUAGGUGGCCCUGAUUGCCUUAAUGCCCUGAGUCCCUCUCCCUCUCUGCCCGCUGCCCCCCUGCCCCGACCAGGUGGGGGCGUCCUUCCCAGGGCUUCUUGUCUGGGUUUUGGACUUGUCCUUUUGAAGGGACCACUCUUAGGAUUUGGGUGAGGACAGAAUGAGCAGUUGAGAGGGCCUGGGGCUGGCCGGAAAGGCAGCCUCUCAGCCCCCGCCAGCCCCACUUUUCAUCUCGUCUUCCCCUGGGGGGUCACUGAAUGGCCAGGCCGGGAGGUCUGAGGGGACCCCCUGGGACUGGGUUGGGUUUUCAUUAAGACCGUAAUAUUCUACUUCCAAGUCAGCCUCUGGGGCUGGGCGAGACGUGGCUGCUGGCUGAAUUCUAUCUUAGCUCAGGGAGAAACAAAACAUGAACGGGCUCCCGUGCAUCAGGGUGGGGACUGGACACGGCAGCCAGGCACUGCGGGAGCCUCAAGUACCCGUCAGCGCUGAGUGGGGCCCCCGGAGGGCCAUCCCUGCCCUGUCCUCUGCCCCACAUGGAUGCACUAGAUGUGUGGUUCUUGCAGGCUGCAGAAAGACCCCUGAAUGGACGCCUCCGACCCUGCCUCGGGUCCCACCAUACCCACCCCUUCCCCGCCUUCCUGUCUCCCACCAGAGUAGCACCCUGUGCUGUUUCUUGCUGGGAAUAAGAUUGCCAGGCCCUUUAUCCCGUGCAGACGAUGACAAGGGCUCUCCCUUGGCCCCUGCAGGCCGGGGCCCAGCCAGUGCUCCUCAAGGAUCAGCCUCCCCAGGGUGCCAGAGGCCUGUGUGCACCCCAGUCCAGGGACCCAUUUUCUCGCCUUCCUGCAUCUCGGCAGCCCCUGACGGGGAUGACGAACUGCACGGCUGCUGGCCUUGUGCUUCCUUGGCCCGGCGGGCAGCCCCUCCCCCUCCCCGGACAGGCUUCCCCUCUGGCCCCAGGCCCACUGGGCUUUCUCAGGGCUCCUUCCUGCACGUCACGGAGCAGCCCCGCCUGCUCAUGGCUGCAUGGACUCUGCCAAGGAAUCGAGUCUUCCAGACCCCCGUCCUCCCCCUGGUCUUCUGAGCCACAGUCCUGCCACCUUGUGGCUCCAUAGACAUAGAUGGCAACUCUUGUGACCCAGAGUGGCCCUUGCUUCCCCCCUCGGCAGACCUGCCUCUCCUGCCCCCACUGUGCCUGGGCACCAGCCUGCGGGUGUGUGAGCUCUCUGCCACCCGUCUCUGAGAACUGCUCCGUCCGCCUUGUGGACAGCUGUUUGGUUUACGCCACCCCUAGUCUCAUCAGCUAUCACCUGAUUAUUGUGACGAUGGCCUCUAGCGUCUUUGUCCCAGAUCAGUGGAAAGGCAGUUGGUCAGGUCACUUCCUGGUCUACAACCCCGCCCCCACCCACUGCCCUGGCCACCAAGUCCAGACUCCUGGGCGCCUGGUCACUGCAGGCCUCGUCACCUGGACCCUGCAGGCCGGGGCCCAGCCAGUGCCCAAGCUGCCGCAGUGGUUCUUCCUUUCACUCCCCUGGGCCUGCCUUCUCCCGCUGUUCCCAACUUGAGUUUGCCUCUUCUGAGGAACUUCCACUGUCCCUUUCCCAGAGAGACUUUGCCCGGUCACCACUCACUGUCUCUCCCCACUAGACUGUAAGCUCCUUGAGGGCAGGGACCGCCCUUCUGUUUUUAUGUCAACAGUGUCUGGCUGUUGAUAACAAACAAUAAAUGUUUGUUUAAUGACA